GAUGGUUGCCGCUGUAACAAAUCUGGACGGAUUCCGAAGUUUCUGGUUUUUAUGGCCCAUGUUUCGCUUUAAAAACACCCGUGAAUUAACAUGUUUGUUUGUUGCCGCUUGUGUUCUGAUGAGCCAGUCGGCGGCGGACGAGCAGGACUUUAUAGGGGAUUUUUUGAAACGGGAAUAUUCCUUGAUGAAACCGUACCGGGGGUUGGGUUUCUCCACUUCUUCACAGUGGCAUCUGAUGGGCACUGCCAUGAUGACACCUGACCACGUGAGGCUGACCCCGGACCUGCAGAGCAGACAGGGGGCCGUGUGGAGUCGAAUGCCACUUCUCGUGCGGGAUUGGGAGCUCCAGGUGCAUUUUAAAAUCCACGGCGUGGGAAAGAAAAAUUUGAACGGCGACGGCAUGGCUUUCUGGUUGACCAAAGAUCGCAUGCAGAAUGGUCCCGUGUUUGGAAACAUGAACCAGUUCACUGGACUGGGAAUAUUUGUGGACACGUACCCCAAUUCCGAACACGGCCUCGAAACAAAGUCCGGAACUCAGAGGAUGUUCCCGUACGUGUCCGUGAUGCUGGGCAAUGGGUCUCUGUCCUACGACCAGGACUACGACGGCCGGCACACCGACCUCGGAGGAUGCACGGCCGCGAUACGCAACUCCAUCUACGACACGUUUCUCCUCGUCAGAUACUCCAGAAACAGACUCACUCUCAGGUUGGACGUAGACGGCAGUCAGGAAUGGAAAGACUGCGCUGACAUCACAGGGCUGCGGCUGCCUUCGGGGUUCUUCUUCGGCGCCUCCUCGGCCACCGGAGACCUGUCGGAUAACCACGACCUCAUCUCCAUGAAGCUGUACCAGCUGACCGUAGAAAGGACUCCCGAGGAGGAGGAGGAAGAUAAAGAGGAGAUCACCAUCCCCAGAGUUGACAACAUGGAGCAGUUCCAAGUCGAGAUCCAGGAGGAAGGGAUGAGCGGAGUGCAGCUCUUCAUCACCGUCCUCUUCUCCGCGGUGGGCCUCGGCGUGCUGGCCGUGGUGGCGCUGGCCGUCUACGGCCGCUGGAGAGGAAACAGACGCAAGCGCUUCUAUUGAUGACAGCGCGGCCGCUUCCACCUUGUUUUUUUUUCUCUCUUUAAAAAAAAAAAAAAAAAUGCGUUGCUUCUUAAUCGACAGACAUCGCGACAACGCAAGAGACUGCCUUCGCUUUACUGAACCAUACAAUCGAACAGACGGACCUCAGGGGUCUGCGGCCCAGAGCCAUGGGGAGGUGAGCCACAUGUGAAACAUUAUUCUUUAUGUGUGUGUGUGUGAUGGAAGCUAGAUGAGAUGCUUAAAUGUAAUUUCUUAUGUAAAAGGACACAACAACAAAAAAUGAUUCUAAUAAUGCUCGUCAACUGAAAGCACAGUGGGUCGACAACUUCUGCACUAACUGAGCCACUGUAGAUGUAAAGAAUCGACCAACUGAAAGCCUCGAGUCCCAGCUGCUGCGUGGAGUUCACUGACAUCUUGUCCCGGGAUUGUUUUGUGGCGUUGUUCCCUCUCACUGCCACUUGGUGCUGCGGUUGCGUAGCUCUGUUCAACUAGAGCGGAGCAGCAGCGAGGACCAAUCCACACGUAGACUUCUUCUCGUCUGCACUGGCGAAGAGUCGAGCCGUCCGUGAAGAGUUUGGGUUCUCGGUGCCUCGCCGGUCCCGUUAAAGACUCGCUGCGUUCCAUUCCCGUCCGCUGGGCUUCGAGCUCCUCGUUUACUUCCUGUUUGGCAUCACGAGUUGUUUGUUUCCUUUCCGGAGUUGCUUCCAGUUCUUCGUUGUAACGCGUUAAUGUAAAAGGUUUAUCAGUACAUCUGCUGCUAGAUUUUUGUUAUUUUCUAAUGUUUACAAGGACCAACCUUUUUUUGUGGCACAGAAUUAUUUUUUUAAUCAGACCUGUUGAUUAGGAAAAGCUGUUUUUAUUUCGUCAAUGAAUUCACUUGUGAUGCUGGACUUCAUCUCUAGGGGGCGCUGCUAUCUAAGCGACAUGAACUGUCGACUCGGCACUGAACAGAAAAACAGGCUCCAGACUACAUGUUGGUUCAAGAUGAGAACAUUACCCACGAUGUGUUUUCUGGCUUCUCUGGCGUGAUAUUUUAAUUAUAUUUUUAAGCUUCACACUCGCACUGUUUAAAUAAAAAUCAAAAGGAGCUGCUGUUCUGUGUGUUGAAGCAUAAACGUGCCCUGAUGUAAACAAGCUGCCUGGUACUGCUGUUUAUCUUGUUUUCUUAAUGUGCGUCGAGCUCUUUGUUGUCAUCGAUCAUCUCACCAUUCAUGUAGUGGGUUAUUUAAAUAUCGUUAAGACAAUUUACAUGUUCAGAUCAAACCUCCCCUCGUGAACAAAGAAAUGAGUAAAGCGCUUUUGUUGUCCGUUUAGUUUCUUUCUUUUGUUUUUUAGUAAAGAAAUUCUAAUUUGGUUUAACUCGUGUGGUUCUGUAUUUUUCUUUGGUCUCUUUGUGUUAUGAAUACAUCAUAAAUGUUAUUACUCCCUCUG